GCUCAAAAGCACUUCAGGUUGCUGUUGAUUAAACUCAGCCUGCAUCAUAUGCUAAGUAAAACCGUAUUAAUGUGGUUUGAGGGUGUACAAAACAUUCAUGGAAAAAAUAAAAACACACAUGCCUUUUACUGUGUUAAUUUACGUUGCUAAAAAAAGUGUAUUAACACUGGUUUUAUUUUUGAAAACUUGAACAGGAAGUGCUGCGAUCAGUAUGGCGACCUUGACACUGUUGUGGUAAACAGGUUCAGCUGCGGUAGUUUGAGGAGCGGUAGACGUUUAGAGGAGGACAGAAGAGGAGACAGCGCCGAACGGGAGUCAGUGGACUACAUACAUGGCCCCGGUGUUUAAGGAGUGAAGAAUGGGCUCCACGCUAUCGCAGCCAUGGCCAGAUUCACCAACAGAAGCGCCGAGGAAAGGGGCUCACGGGUAACGGCCCCCACCGAUCGCGGAGAGGCGCGGGACCUGGCCGAGCCCCGGGAACUGUCUCUGGAGGAGGUGCUGAAGUCUUACGAGCAGCCCAUUAACGAGGAGCAGGCAUGGGCGGUGUGCUACCAGUGCUGUAGCGGGUUGAGGGUGCCCCGCCCGCCCACCGGGACAGGCAGCCGGGUGAAGGACCCGUCCUCCAUCCUCCUGCAAAGGGACGGAACCGUGUCAUUGCAGCAGGAGCCGCGACGCAACGAUCGAAGCAGCGUCGGUGUUCACACGGGGGACCAGAGUGACGCUCUGUUGGUCCGAGGUUCGAGUCCGGCUGUUGACAGGCGAGGAUGCUACGAUGACACUGAUGGACCUCCUCCUCCACCUGCUGCAGAGCGUCAGCUGGUCCAGUCGCUGGGCGUGGCAAUCUACUGCGCUCUGGACUGGGGGCUGGAUGACAGCGAGGAGCGGGAGCUCAGCCCCCAGCUGGAGCGCCUCAUCGAACGCAUGGCCGGAGGGGACCAGGGCCGAGAGAGUGUCUGCACUGUCGGGAGGUUCACCACAGAUGAAGGGUACAGUGGCCAGGAGGAGGAGGAGGAGGAGGAGGAGGAAGAGGAAGAGCAGGAGGGAGCGAUGAGGCCGGUGUGCACGUUCCGCCAGGUGGCGGCGCUGUGUGCGUCUCGGCUGGCUGACCCCAGCUUUGCUCCGGAGCACUACCAGGCUGUCUGCAGGGCUCUGUUUGUAGAGACUCUGGAGCUGCAGACCUUCCUCAUCAAGAUCCGAGAUGCUAAGGAGAUGCUGAAGAAGAUCACAACAGAGGAAGCUGUGGAAGACAGGUCUACAGCUGAGCUGGACGCCCUGAAACACACAGACUGGGCACGUCUGUGGGUGCAGCUGAUGAAGGAUCUCAGGCAGGGAGUGAAGCUGAAGAAGGUGCAGGAGCAGCCGUUCAACCUGCUGCCCACCGAGUUCAGCCUCACACCCUUUGAGAUGCUGAUGCAGGACAUACGGACUCGCAAGUUCCAGCUACGCAAAGUCCUGGUGGAUGGUGACAUUCCCACCAGAGUGAAGAGAAAUGCCCAUGAGUUGAUACUGGAUUUCAUCAGAUCAAGACCUCCUCUUAAACCAGUUUCAGAGCGCAGCCUCCCCCCUCCUCCCCCGCAGCAGCAGUCCCUUCAUGAAAAGGUCCUGGCUGAGAUUAAGCAGGAGAGGAAGCUCAGGCCAGUGGUCCUGCCCAGUUCCAGACCAUUUGGCUCUCUGCCCUGCCUGGCUCAGACUUGCCCUUGCGACGUCAAAUCCACGUCAUGCAUCGACCUGUCCGUGUCGGAGCCCCGGCCUCCGUCUCGCCCCCGCAUCCUGCUCAAAGCUCCGACUCUGGCCGAGAUGGAAGAGAUGAACAUAUAUGAGGAGGAGGAGUCCCCAGAUGGCGGGGAGCUGAGGAGGACGGAGAGCUCCCCCACCCCUCUGAAAAGAGACCGCUCCUUCUCAGAGCACGACCUGGCCUUGCUGCACGCUGAAAUGCUCCCCUCGCUCUCCGAGUCGGCCCAGCUGGGCGAGGUGGUCAGGCUGAGGGGGGAGAGGCCUCGGUCCAGGACACUGACCGGUCUCGGAGCGCCUCCUUAUCACAGAGCCUCCUACCCGGUUCAUGGCUGGGUGCCGCCCUCUCCGGCCCGCCUGUCUCUGAGUUCAGUCGACGAGACCACAGAGGGAUCAGAAGCUCCGUGUGGCUCCAGAGCUGGAGAUAACCACCAGUGGAUGGAGGAGUUCAGCCACCCUGUGGAGAGUCUCGCCUUGACGGUGGAUGAGGUCAUCAACGUACGUAGAGUGCUGGUCAAAGCGGAGAUGGAGAAGUUUCUUCAGAACAAAGAGCUCUACAAUAACCUGAAGAGAGGCAAGGUUUGCUGUUGCUGCAGGGUGAAAUUCCCUCUCUUUUCAUGGCCAUCUACCUGCUUACUGUGUAAAAGAUCCGUCUGCGGCUCCUGCAGUGCAAAGAUGAAGAUUCCCUCGAAGAAGAUGGCCCACAUUCCUGUGUACACUGUCGGCUUCCACAGCACUCCAAAGAGCCACGGACACAAGAGCCAAGUCUAUAAGUCACUCCGCAGCUUGUCUCGCCGCUCGGUAGAGGAGGAGUUCCCCCACCUGUACGGCCACGGCUGCACGCUGCGCGACGUCUGCGCCGAAUGCACCAAAUUCGUUGCCGACGUAAUUUCCUCAAGCCGCCGGAGUCUGGACAUCCUCAACAACACUCCCAAGAGGGAAGCCAAAGUUGCCGCCGCCGCCGCCACCCCCCCUCAGAGACCACAGCUGCAACAUCAAUCACACCUCCAGACUUGCCCUCACCCUCAGUGUCACCCUCCACCACACCCACAGUGUCAGCCCCAACUCCCUGCCCAGUCCCAUCAUCAUCAUCAUCAUCAUCAUCAUCAUCAUCAUCAUCAACAGCAGCAGCUUCACGCAUCAUCGCCGUCUCCUUCGCUGCAUCUCCACACCAAGGCGAUCAACAAUGUCAACCAAUGAGUAGAUUAAUGACUUUUUAAUGCCUUUCUGCCCACACACAUACACGCACACACCUACACACACACACUCCAUAAUGAGUUUUGCUCUUCAGCUACGCUGUGUGCACACACAAAGUUGCACAAUCAAAGUUCUUUAAAUAUUGCUGGGUGGAGCAUUAAGUGCGUUAUUUAACGGUUAUGCUAUGAUACAUAAACCUUUUCUGGUGACUAACUUUUUAUCCCAUUCUGCAAACACACACACACUCCAUAAUGAGUUUUGCGCUUGUGCUACACUGUAUGCACACACACACAUGCACAGAAAAAGUAGGGUUCUUUUAGGGUUUUAAUGGUUACAUGCACACCAAUAAGGACUCAAAUAGCUGUCAGUUUGGUUUGAAUAGAUAUCAAUACACAAACUAGUGGGGAUCCUUCAAAGUUCUUUAAAUAUUGCUGGGUGGAGCAUUAAAUUCGUUAUUUGACGGUUAUGCUAUUUUAUAUAUACGUAUAUAUAAACCUUUUCUGGAGCUGCAUAGAACACUUUUAAGUACGAAUCUAGAGACUCUAAACCACCACCUCACCCACCAUCCAGUUCCCAACUACAUUAUCUUCCAUAUCUCACCAUUUCACCCAGCAGAUGUGCUAACUUGCGCAAAGAGCCCCCCAAGUUACUUUAUAAGGGUUGAGUAAAAAGCUCCUGGGAGGCAAGCAUAUGGGAGGCAAGGGAUGACUAAAGUCCUCGUGCUUGUAUGCUUGUAUGCUUGUAUGCACUGUGAGAGAGAAGGCGGAGGUGGUGUUGGGGUGGUGGUCAGUUGAGGAGGACAAAAGCUGCGUGACAUAGAGUCAACAUGUAACCCUAGCGUUUUAGCUCUCUGUGAUUGCCUUGUUUUUUUUGCUUUCAUGAAUGUAACUUAGGACACAGAGACAGAACUGUAAAAUGAUAAGCUUGUAUUAAUCACCCGAAAAAAGAGAUUUGUAAGGAGUGGCUGCUGCAUAGCGAGGCCUCUUUUUGCGUUUGUAGACGUGCUUGUAAAGCCCCAGGUGCAGCUGGAUGAGGUGCGAUGGCAGUGACACUGAAUGUAUCGGGGGCGAAGCUGCAGACCGCUCCUUCUUUUUUAACCAACGCAGCACGGUGAUGCUGAUGUGAAGCGAGCAAAUAAAACUCCCGCCUCUCUCACUCCCCAUGGACGCUUGCAAUCUGCUCUGGUUUUGUAAACACUAAGUAAACCUCAACUGCAAUAAAAUCGAAUGACAAACACGA